AUGAAAUUUCAUGUACGCCCGUCGCUUGCUUUUUCUCGAGUCCUGACGGCGCCUCGUCGGCUCGUACCGCGCCAAUUGAUUCGAGACGCUUCGAUACCACUGCGUUAUCGACUGCGGCCUUCAAUCGUCUGCCCUGUUCCAAUGUUUUGCAGCGGCGUCAUGCAAAGCCAGUCGCGACGAAUUCACUCUAAUACGGGUUUCCUAGACGACGACUUCGUAGAUCUCUAUGCAUCAAUUGAGUUGAACAACAACACAUUAGACGAGCAAGGCAACAACAGUCCCAUUGGUAUCACUACAAGCACGGCUGCAGCGAAUCUUCCCACAGCGAGCAUUUGUGGAUUUGAAGAAGAUGAGCCGAUUCUUGGGGUUGUGCACACGCCACCGGAGGACCCUGGGGUUGAGUACUCGCGCUUCCACAUCCCCUUGGAAACCCCUCGCGGGGGGAAGCCUAUUCCGCGGUCCAACAGCCGUUCCAUGGAACAGCCCGGUGGAGAGUCCCUCCCGUUUGAGGAUGUAGGAGAAGAACACGCGAAGUCGUCGCCGAGCGGCAGCGUAGGUGACGAAGAGAAAGGGUCCGCAACACAGGAUUUGAAAUCCGCCAUCAUGCCGAAGGGCUUGUUCGACUCAGCUUUGAUGGACAAGGAUGGCGCUACUACCCAUCAGACAUACGACCGCAUGCCGGAGCCCUCUUCCUUGCCAUACGACGAUGAGGCUUUUGCGGAGAUGCUACUCCAAAUGGAAGUGGAUGGCGCCAUUGACGAAACGUGGCAAGACGCCCGAAAAGCCUAUGUGGAGGAUGUCAAGGAGCUCUGUGAGGUGCUUCGGUCGCUCAAGGUGCGCGACAUCUGCUGCAUCGAUGUCUCGGACAAAACCGCUAGCUUUGACUACAUCAUGUGUGGUACUUGUGAAGGUCCUCGGCACAUUCACAUCGCCGCAUGGGCGGCGCAGGAGGCGGACUCAUUGCAUCGUGUAUCGAAGGUCAGUAGAAAAAAAACAGAUGAGCUGUGGGAGGUCGUGCCAAUCGGGCGCAUCCUGCUCAACCUCAUGGUCGAGAGCCUGCGCGAGGAACUGGCGCUGGAGCGCAAAUGGGCGGUUACCCGCACCAUGGACCCACUUUCGGCUGCGAAUGCUCCCGUGAGUGAGGGUCGUCAUGCCAAGGCCCAUGGUUUGUGGACGUUGACGUUGAAUCUGCAGGACCUUGAGGACUUUGAGGUCGACUAUUGCAAGGAUGUGCUUCUGAGACAAGUGUAG